AUGAAUUUUAAAAAUAAUAAGUUAAAACAAACGGAAAACAAGUUAUCUGGAUUGUACGAUUUAGGCGAAACUAUCGGGAAAGGUCAUUAUGCAGUUGUUAAAAAAGCAAAACAUUGCAUUUUCGGGGAGAAGGUUGCAGUGAAAGUUAUUGAGAAGACAAAGCUGGAUGAAGUUUCGAGGUCGCAUCUCUUUCAGGAGGUUAGGUGCAUGAAGUUAGUGCAACAUCCGAACAUCGUCAGGCUCUACGAAGUCAUAGAUUCUCCCACUAAAUUAUUUCUAGUCCUGGAGUUGGGAGAUGGCGGCGAUCUCUACGAUUUUGUAACUAAACACGAACACGGAUUAGAGGAAAGUUUGGCAAAAAAAUAUUUCCAACAAAUUGUAGAAGCUAUUAAUUAUUGCCACCAGCUUCACGUCGUUCACAGAGAUUUAAAAUUGGAAAACAUGGUCCUCUUCAACCAUCGCGAGGUCGUCAAAUUGACGGAUUUUGGGUUUAGUAACAAGUUUGUCCCCGGCAGCAUGCUGGAUACCUCCUGUGGGUCCUUGGCAUAUUCAGCUCCGGAGAUUUUGUUGGGGGAUAGUUAUCAUGCUCCUGCUGUGGAUAUCUGGAGUCUGGGGGUGAUUUUGUACAUGUUAGUGACAGGAAAACCUCCGUUUAACGAGGCCAACGAUAGUGAAACUCUCAUCAAAAUUAUGGACGCCCAGUACGCCCAACCUAUCCAUUCUUCAAAAAGCUGCCAAAAGUAUAAAAAUGUUUCAUUCUUGGUCACCAUUUUUUAUUUAUAA